CCUCGGAAGCUCCGGGCUCCAGAAACCACAUGGCACCCACUUUCUACCACUACCCGCAGGUGCCCAUGUACGAGAAAUGGCAGGAGCAGGGCCGGGGCCUGCGCCCGCGGUGCCUGGUGGCCGCGGCCUUGGUGGUCCUCUUCCAGGCGGCCUUGGUCACCCUGCUGAUCUACUUCGCCGUCAGGGCGAACGGCGAGGCCUGCAGGGUCGGGCUGCGGGCGCAGGAUGAGUGCCGCAACACCACGCACCUGCUGCAGCGCCAGCUCACCCGCGCCCAGGACGGCCUGCUGCAGGCGGAGACGCAGGCAAACACCUGCAACCGCACCGUGGUGACCCUUCAGGAUUCCCUGGAGAAGCAGGUGUCUCAGGUCCGGGAGCAGCAGGCCCGCAUCCAGGAGCUUGAGAGCAAGGUCAUGACGUUGAACCAGGAGCUGGAGAAGCUGAGGACCACUGAGGAAGCUUUUAGAACAUCGCAGAAGAACUCUACCAGCUCCAUGGUGCUCUCCAGCCUACUGAUGCUCGCAGUGCUGCUGAUCCUGCUCUUUUGAGGAUCCAAUACUUAGUAGGCUACAGCCUGUUUUGAUACAGAUGCGGCUGCACCUGUUUGAAGUCGCUGGGGAUCACGGUGGCUCUGGAGGAAUCGUGGCAGCUCCGAGGAUGUAGAAGCCACUGAGUGGAGCCUGGAUUGUAGAAGCCACUGAGUGGAGCCUGGAUUGUACCUCCCUCCCCGACUUAUGACUGGGGAGGGUGAGGAGUGCACCUCCUUUUUUGUUUUUCAUGGUUAUUGGGGAGGAAUUCCUUAGUUCUGAUGUUUUUGAGUUUCGAAAAAUAAUUUGGAAAGAAAACUUGCUUCUAAGUGGCUAGUGUCACUGGGUCCCUGCUUCCCACCUCUUGUAUAUUGUUAAAGGACCAGCCUUAAUAAUAUCCUUCCCAGGGGCUAGGAGAGAAACUCGAAUGGUGAGAACUAUUUUCGGGAAAAAGAAUCUCAGCACAACAAGCUCUUUGUCCGUCUACUUUUUCCCUCUGGGAUUAACAUCCUGUCUACACAGCUACAGCACUGUACUCAAGCCUAGCUCCUUUCUCGCCUGAUUUCUCUCUACCUUAAUCUGCUGUCCCCUCUAGGUUCUAUCUUAAUUCUCUGAUCUUAGUUCUGCCUCACCUAGGUCCUUCUCAUCUCGUUCUUACCCAUCUAGUACUUCCCCAUCUGACUCUUCCUCAUCUUCCAUCUCAUCCACACGUUCUCUCUGGUCAAAAUCCUCCUUAUCCCUCUCAGUUCUCCGUCCUCAAGUUCUCCACUCUUCUCUUCCUCUCCGUCUCCUUAUACCUCUAAAUCCUCUCAAGUCUCUGAGGUGUUUAGUUAUAAACCCAAGCAACAACAUCCUCUGGCAGAGCAAAGUCACCAGGCUUGAAUUCUUAGGGGUCAUAAAGGCAGGUGAGAAUUUUCCUCAGGCAGUGACCACCAGGCUUUCUUUUACAACCUGAAAGGAGUGGUAAAGGAGGAGGUCACCUGAGAGCUAAGGACUGGUUAGUAUAUGAAAAAGGGGAUCUGUGUGCUCAGUCUACAUUCCUAGAAGUGGUUAGGCAAGAAGUUAGGAGUCUAUUAGUAACGCUGUGAGAAAGGAGGGUCUCACCCUAAAUUGCACAAGAAAUAAAGCUAUCCUCCUGACCCAGGAGACAAGUGUUU